ACGAAAACAUUAAAAAAAUAUAUUCAUUAAUACUGAAAAUCUCUUGAAACCAAUGAUCCUAGUUCUAUAUACUCUCUCUCUCUAAAUAUAUGUCUUCACAGUAGCCUUUCCAUGGCUGCAAUCUAUCGUAACUAUGAUUGUAAAAUGUCGGUUGAAUAGUUCCCAAUAAUGUCGUAUCGCGACACAACGAAACCCACCUGAAAAACCUUAAAGACUGUUGAAACCUAUAUAAUACAUUGACAAGUAAUAUACAUAAUUUAGUUACUAUACAAUGAAUGGACACAAUAAUGGCCAUAAUGGUUCAAGCUUCAAUGGACGAUAUAAUAAACAACCUCGAGAUCCAAAAGAAGCAGAACGAUUGGCUGCUUAUAAACAAAAUUUAGAACAACAAUUAGCAUCUCAAGAAAAGAAAACUGCCUUUAGAAGAAUAGUUGAUCAUGGAAAUAAUAUGGGAAGAUGGUAUAUCAAUAAAAAUUUAGGAUUGAAUAUCAAACAACAACCGGUGGGGAAAGUCCGUCCCGAUUCAGCAUAUUUAAUUGAUCUAAUGCCUUCUUUAGCUUAUGCAUCAUCAUCAAACCUUUCACGUAAUAAUAAUAAAACCAAUAUGGGAAUAAUGGAUAUUGAAAGUAAAUUUGUACAUUUAUCCUCCAAUAAAGUUAAACAUUCUAUUAAUGCGAUUAAGUGGACUCCAGAAGGGAGAAGAUUACUCGUAGCUUCUCAUUCUGGAGAAUUUACCAUUUGGAAUGGUAUGACUUUUAAUUUUGAAACUAUUAUGCAAGCUCAUGAUUCUCCAAUUUUAGCUUUAGAAUAUAGUCAUAAUGAUGAAUGGUUAUUGAGUGGUGAUCAAAAUGGUGGAGUUAAAUUCUGGCAACCUAAUUUUAAUAAUGUUAAUAAUAUAACGGCUCAUCCUUCUGGAGUAAGAGAUAUAGCUUUCAGUCCAAAUGAUUCAAAAUUCUUAACUUGUGGUGAUGAUUCAACAAUUAAGAUUUGGAAUUUUAAUAAUGGUCAGGAAGAGAGAACUUUAACUGGGCAUCAUUGGGAAGUCAAAUCGGCUGAUUGGCAUAGUAAUUUAGGUCUUAUUGUUAGUGGUUCUAAAGAUAAUUUAGUUAAACUAUGGGAUCCUCGUAGUGCAACAUGUGUAUCAACUUUACAUGGUUUUAAACAUACUGUGAAUAAGACUCGAUUUCAACCUACAGGUACAAAGAGAUUAUUGGCAGCAGUUUCAAGAGAUAGAUCUUGUAGAAUCUUUGAUUUAAGAACUAUGAAAGAUAUAAUUGUAUUACGAGAUCAUGAGACUGAUUUAUCAUGUGUAGCUUGGCAUCCACAACAUGCAUCUAUGAUAACAACAGCUGCUUUCAAUGGAGCUAUGAACCAUUACUUAUUAGACUCAUAUAUUCCUGGUUCUGAUGCUACAACUAAUUCAAGUAGUACUACUAAAAAUAAAUUAGAUACUACCUAUACAACUUCAGCUAUCGAUACAUUAGAAGCAGUUCAUAGAAUUCCAUUUGCUCAUGAAAAGGCUAUUCUUACUUUAGAAUAUCAUCCUAUGGGACACUUACUUGCUACUGCAGGAAGUGAUAAAACUGCUAGAUUUUGGUCAAGAGGUAGACCAAAUGAUCCUAGAUCUUAUAAAGAUGCUGUAUACACUGAUAAAAAGACUGGUGCAUGGUAUUAUCUUGCUAAUAAUAAUGUUAAUGCCAUUAUUGCUGAUGAUGAAGGAACGGCAGCCACUGGUGCUAAUACUUCAUUGUUGAAUUUACAACCUAGAAAUGAUAAUACUUUACCUGGAUUGAAAUCAUCUUCAAUGAUGAUUCCUGGUCUUAAUAAUUUAUAAUGUCAUGUAACGAUAAUUUAAUAUAAGAAUCAUAUUUAGAAUAUUACAGUACAGUGGGGUGAAGAAGCACACGGCUACAAAUACCUCUUUAGAGAUGUACCUUACAGCAUAAAGAUGAUCUGAUAUUACUUAAUUCCGUUUUGGAUCUUGUAAGUUUAUCCGGAAUGCAUAAUCUCUUACAAAAUCUGAAACAAAAAAAAAAUAAGUGUCUGGUGAUACACAUACAUC